AUGGCAAGUACGAAUCUGGAACUGAAGGAUGUUUUCGCAGAAAACCGUCCGACCACUGGCAGCAUCUCCUCAGAACAACUCGUCUUCGCUCCUGCUCGUGGUAGACCUUCGACUGCAAGAAUUUCUCGGGAUGACACUCGUGCUCGAUCUUCUAGUAUUGGCUUGACUCAAGCUAGCGCAGCGGAGGUCUCUGGAACUGAGUCGUAUUCUGAGGUGCAUGAUAUCGUCAGGAAACUCGAUGAACUCAAGCAGCUCAAACGCGAAAUGGAAGAAAAGUUGCAGAGUAAGGAAACUGAUCGCCUCCGGAACGAACUGGACAUCGCCCAUUCCGACAAAAGAGAGACGAUCGAGCGCAUCAAAGCUACAGCGAAAGCAACUCUCGAUGCCAGCUCCAAAAGUGUACAGGAAAUGGGAGACGCCCUCAAGUCCUUGAAGCACGAUCACGAUAAAGCGUUUGCUUUUGCAGAGCAAGCUCGGUCUUCUCUUCUGGACGUGCAAGAACUACGCCCUACCGUCCAGGAAAGCAUGACUCAGUUCGAAGCGCUUUUUGAUGGAAACGGGGAUUUUGCCCUGCACAAAGAGAUAAUGGCCCCAAUUGCGGAUCUGCGAAUGGAAUAUACCCAAUCUCGUCAGGCCAAUGAUCUCCUCCGAGAUCAGCUCACCGACAUGUCAUCUCAACUUUGCGAGGAGCGAGACCGUGUACGGGAACUCGAGGGCAUUCGCGUCACCGACGCUGCCUUACUCAAGCGUUCCACAGACAACCUUUUACAUGCUGGAGACACCAUCAACAAACAAUCAGAGUCCUUGAGGAACUCGCAGAGUGAGUUAGCCGACGCCUUGCACACUUGCGCUACUCUGGAGACACAGUGUAAGCUGCAAGAAGAGAAGCUCGGACAGCUGGGAACACUUGAAGGACAGCGGGAGGAACUGACAGACCAGACUCAAAAACUCCAACAUAAGUGCGCGAGCUUGCAGGCGCUCGUUGAAGACAAGGACCACCGACUCCAUCUUCUCAAGAAGGCCGAAGACGAAUGGGCGACCGUUGCGGCUAUUUCUAACGAACGCUUGACGGAGAUUGAUCACUUGAAAGCUGAGGAGCAGGUUUGCCGAAGGACCAUCGAUCAGAUGACGGGUACUAUCGAGCAACUCAAAACGAGAUGCACUCAGCUGGACGGAGAGAACACCGCACGCAACCAAUCCAUCGUAGAUCUCCGAGGCGAGUUCGACGUCGUGAAGACUCGCCUCGAAGCUGCUCUCACAGCGAAAGGGCAAGCUUCGGCCGAUUUAGCGGCUCGAGAAGAGAAUCUGAAGGCUCUUCAACAUCAACUGGAUGAUGCUCGAGCAGAAGGUGGCACGUGUAGAGAACAAAUGCAACAGCUUCAGGUUCGCAUGCAGGUUCUGCAAGAGCGCUAUGAGGACCAGUCAACUACUUUACGUCUUGUCAAAGAGACGAAUGGAGACUUGCAGGAGCGCUUGGCAACCUCCGAGAAACAGCACGCAUCUAUACUCGCAGGCGAGAAAGAAAGGUUCAUUCGCGUCAACAGCGAUCUGGAGUCCAAGGUAGCUUCGCUGCAACGCAGCCUUCACGAGGCCCAGAACUCUUUGAAGCGCCAGCAGGAGGAUCUUGAGACUCGUUUGGAGAAAGAGCGCGACAAACAUCAGUCUCAAUUGGUCGAUUCACGCGCACAGGCCACACAUGCAGAGCAGGAGGUGAUCAGAGCAUCAGUAGAAACCACUAAGUUGCGGGAGCAGCUCUCUUCGGCGCAAAUCCAGCUUGCCGACGUCACGAGGCUGAAGGAGGUCGCGGAGGAGUCAGCUUCAACUCGUUACGCCGAAAUGGAGAGUAUGUCGACCCGAGUAGAGUCACUUACCCGAGCGAAAGUCGAACUGGAGGCUCGUUCGCAAACCUUGUCCGAGAGAUAUCACAGUGGUGAUCUUACCGACACCGAGAAGUCGUUUGCUCGUAUCAUUGAAGAAGUGACGGAGACAUGCUACAAAAACAAGAUUUUGGAGAAGCAGAACGAGUUGAAACGGGUACAGUACCUUGGUGAUCUUCUCAUAAUGGGUAACAAAAUAUCCGAUCUGGAAUCGAAGAUUGCAUUUUUGGAAAAGAGUCUUGCUCGCCGUUUGAACGAGAACAAGCUCUCGGAAGAGCACGACCUUUCCGUCCUAGAUAUAGGCUCCGUUGCUCCAGAGCUUCCAGCAUCUCAGGCCCCUGAUAGUGACGGACCGGCCGAGAAUGACCAGCCUGUUACAUUCGUUCCGUCUCGCAUUCAGUACCAAGCCCAACCUUCAGUGAGGACGCCGGCCCAAACUCGUCCCAUCCAAGCUCGACCGCCUCCUGCGCCGAUGCGUGACGCUCCUCUAGCACGCCCCGUCAAUGCUGGCCCCACCGCUCGUCCAGUUUUCUCUAGGAUAACUGCCCAAGAUGAAGACGACGACGAAAUAUCUGAUGCAGAGGAUGAUGAUGAUGUGCCCUUCGCGUUGGGAAAGCGUGAUCGACCGCAGAAGAAACAAGAGAGCGAGCAGGACGGCGAGCGAUCAACCAGGCGCCAGAAACCGAACACUCGUCAAAACGGAGGUGCAGGAAAGAAGGACACCGCACCCGCUCAAGCCCAAACACCGAAACCCAAGGCUGCUCGCAGACGGCACUGAUUCCGC